AUGGCCGGAGCGCCUGCGCUGGUGGCUGGAGCGGCGGUAUCGGCAGCCGCUCCAGCGGCGACGGCGGCGACCUCUGGCGGCAGUGUUCCCCCUGCGGCGGCGGCAGGGGGGAUGGCCGGAGUCCCCGCGGUGGCAGCAGGAGCAGCGGCACUGGCAGCAGCUCCAGCGGCAACGGCGGCGACCUCUGGUGAUGGUGUUCUCCCCGCGACCUCGGCGGGGGGAAUGGCCGGGGCCCCUGCAGUGGCGGCAGGAGCAGCGGCCUCGGCAGCAGCUCCAGCGGCGAUAACGGCGACCUCCGGCGGCGGUAGUAUUUCCCUCGUAGCGACGGCGAAGGAAGCGCCCGGAGGGCUCGCGGCGGCAGCUGGAGCAGCGGCAUCGGCGGCGGUUCCAGCGGCGACGGCGGCGGUGAUCGGCAACACUGUUAUAUCCGCGAUGGUGGCGGAGAGAUCGACCAGAGCGCCCGCGUUGGUGGUUGGAGCGUCGACAUCGACGGCGGUUCCAGCGGCGACGGCGGCGGCACCCGAUGGUGUUGUUUCUCUCGCUGCUGCGGCGGGGAGAAUGGCUCGAGGACCCGCGCAGGUGGCUACAGCGGGGGCAUCGGGGUCUGGAGUGGCGACAUCGGUGACGGCACCACCCGCGACGGGGGUGCGCGGGGCCAACGAUCCCGGGGUAGACGACCUGGUCGGUGGCUCCUGCAGCGGCAGCGGCAGCGGCAGCAGCAGCGGCAGCGUCAGCAGUAGGAAAGACGAAGCAGAAGGGAUGGAUGUGGCCUGGUUUCGGGCACUGCUGCGCCCCUUCGACCCGGGGAAGCUGUGCCGGCUGAAGGCUGGGAGAGUGGGGCUGGUGCUGGGGGUGGACACCCCGUUCGACCGUGGAAAGAUGUCGCGGGGGCAACGGCCGGGGCGCCUGUGUUCGUGA